AUGGCUACGGUACGCGUCGACGUCACGUUCACCGAGCAGCGCCUCCGCGUGCAGCUCAACCUGCAGCAGGUCCAGGGGUCGGUGCAGGUCGACCGCGUCGAGCCGCAGAGCGCGGCGCACGGCCGCGUCACGGCAGGCGCGACGCUGGUCGCGGUCAACGGCACGCCGAUACGACCGUUAAUGGGCAGGCAGGCCUGGGUCGCCUUCUGCGAGCGGGUCAGGGAGACGCCGCGGCCGAUGACGUUGACCUUCGAGCAGCCGGCGCCGGCCGGCACGGUCGCGGUGCCGCCGGCCGCCGCGCCCGCCGCCGCCGCGUCGACCACCGAGGAGGAGGAGGAAGAGCCGGCCCUCGUGUGCGUGCCGCGGAAGAAGCCGGCACCACCACCCGCGCCUGCGCCUGCGCCGGCGCCGGCACCAUCGCCCAAGGCGAAGGCGCCCGCGCCGGCGCCCGCCGCGCCCGUGGCGCCGCCCGCGCCGGCACCUGCGCCGCCCGCGCCGGCACCUGCGCCCGCGCCGCCGCCGCCCGCACCGCACCCUUUCGCCGCCGCGCCGGCGACGGCCGCGCCGCCCGGGAUCCAGCGCUUUAAAUUACCCGCCGAUGCCGUCCUGGUGUACAACCUCGAGGUCUGGAACGAAAAGGGGUCGGCCUGGGCGCAGCCGUGGGCCCGCGCGCCUGCCUCAGGCGAGUCCGUUGUGCUCGGCUGCGCGUGGGAGCCGCACGUCGAUGCGGCGCUGCCCUGGCAGGUGUACUGGAAGACGGGCGGCCACCGCCAGACGCAGCGCAUGGCGACGGCCGACGUCCGCGUCUGGUCCGCGCCCGCGCCCGCGCCGGCGCCGGCGCCGUCGGCGCCCGAAGCGCCCGCGGCGCCGCCGUCGAAGGCGAAGCGACGGCGCACCAUCGCCGCCGAGUCCGACGACGACGACGCCGCGCCGCCGGCGGCCGCCCCGGAGUACAAGGGCGUGACGGAGACUAGGCCGGGAUCGUUCCAAGCGAAAAUAUACGACAAGGGGCCGCACCACCUCGGCAUGUUCCCGACCGCGCUCGCGGCGGCGCGCGCCUACGACCGCGAGGCCCGGCUGCGGGACAAGGAGCCCAACCGGCGGGACGUCUGCGACUACUGCGAGCGGGCGACCGUCGACGCGGACGGCGACGCGCUCGCCGACGUGCUCGUGUGCGAAGAGUGCGAGGCCGAGGCGCAUUUGGGAUGUGCGAAUUUAGGAGAGGUGCCGGCGGACGACUGGCGCUGCGCGCAGUGCGUUGAGAAGGCGCGCUCGUCGCCGCGGGCCGCGCCGCCGGCCGCCGAGCGGGCGCCGUCGCCGCGGCCCGCGCCCGCGCCGGCGCCCGCCUCCGACAGCAGCAGCGACGACGACGACAUCAACGCGCUGCGCGCCAAGGCCGCGAAGCCGCCGGCAAAAAAGAAGCGGAGCGACCCCCUCGCCGAUCUACUAGCCGACGAGAAGCCGAAGAAGAAGAAGAAAUCUAGGCAGAGGAGCGACGAGUCGACGCCGUCGUUCGACGACGUGGGUGGGAUGGCGCUCGGGCGGUCGACCAACGGCUACGCUUCCUUAGGAGCCGUGCGCAGCGCCUUCGCGGCGGGGCGCUACGGCGCGCAGAACACGGAGUUCUUACAACGCUUCGACGCGUGGUUACAACGCGAGGCGCUGCCGGAGCGGGUCGCGGAGUUUUCGGCACAAGCGCACGCGGCGGCGGAGGCCUGGCGCCAGGGCCGCGACUACCUCCUGGCGCGCGACCUUUGUUCUGAUGCGGCGGCGGCGGAUCUGCGGCGCGUGGCGGCGCUGGGCGACGGCGCGGCGGGGGCGGAGUUCCUCCUCGCGUUCGCGCACUACAACGCGCUCGACGCUUCGUGA